UUUGGUCUCAAACGCUUUGCGUUACUUCCGCAUUCCUCUGAAGACAGGUGCGGGUUUCAGGGGAGGGAGGGGCCGCCUGUGGAGCCCGCGUGCGCUUCCGUGUCAGCGUUGCUACAGUAACCGCGGGAGGAGAUCCGCUUAAAUUCCUGCGCUGCAGUCCGGUUCACCUGGAAGCGGACCGAUUCCCGCCCGGUUUCAGCCACCAAACGGGGAGGCGGUUGCUAAGAGAUGACGGUCUGUGACAUCGGUGAAAGCCUCGGAUGCAGAGCAGCUUGAAGCCCCGCCCCCUUCCUAUCUAAACCUCAUGUGCAGCCUGCAGGACACGCUCCUCCAUCCCAACUCUUGAGGAAAGGAUGUCUGCUUUUACUUCACACGCCAGCGUAAGCGCCGCCGCCGGACGUCAGACUCAACGGCGGCGGCGGGAAAGCGGCGAGAAAAUGCUACAGAUCGUCCGGGAAAAAAGCGUCAGCGGAGACCUGGGGCAGGACGCCAUCCUGGAGAAGAUCCCGGAGUUUUUCCAGAUGUGCGACCUGGAGAACAAGGGCUUCAUCAACCGACGGGACAUGCAGAGGCUGAACGGUGAGCUUCCUCUCAGCGAGAACGAGCUGGAGAAUGUUUUUGACUGCCUGGAUUCUGACAGCAACGGCUUCCUAACGCUGGAGGAGUUCUCUUCAGGCUUCAGCGCAUUCUUGCAUGGUCAGAGCGUAGACCCAAGCACGAAGGAUGGAAACCCCUGUAAGAUCCUACCAGAAGUGUGGGAGGAAGGCCCAACGAGGGAGGACGAGUACGAGGAGGAAGAACACUUCAGUGUGCUGAUGGAAAGGCUUGGAGCCAACAACGCCUUUGAGGACCCCGCCGAGGUGCGCAGUCUGUGGGCUCACCUGCGCCGCGACGAGCCUCAGCUUCUAUCCAACUUCGAGGACUUCCUGGCCAGAGUGACGUCGCAGAUCAUGAAGGCCAACCAGGAGAAAAAGGAGAUGGAAUGCGCUCUCGAGAAGAAGGCAGCAAAGCACGACGAUGAGAUCCAACACCUUUACGAAGAAAUGGAACAGCAGAUAAAAAACGAACAGGACAGGAUUGUUCUGCAGGACUACGAGCGGUUUCUGUCUCGCAGUCGAGACCUGGAACUGCAACUGUCCAAUAAGGAGAAGGAGCUGGAGCAGCUCUUCCAAAAGCAGAGAAAGCUGGAGUUUCAGUGCCAAGAACUUCACGGUAAGCAGCACGUGACCAAGGUGGAGAACAUGAAGCUGAAGCAGUCGAACGGCGAGCUGGAGCGAGAGCUGCAGUACGUCAGCCAAAAGCUGAUGUUUGCACAGGAGCAGCUGGAGUUACUGCAGGAGCAAUCGUCCAAACUCCACGAGGAGAAGGAGAUGGAAGUCUAUCGGGUGACUGAGGGACUGCACAGAGACCGGGCCAGUCUCCUCAAACAACUGGACCUGUUGAGAGAAAUGAACAAACAUUUGCGAGAUGAGAGAGACAUGGUCCAUCACAAACCCAAAAAUUCUUUGAGAAGAGCGACUUUAAAGCAGCGGCCGUCAGUGGAUGAGCUGAAAGUCUCAAACGCAGAAUUCCCCAGAAGUGAGGAUGAGGAGGCAGAGACGAGGCUGAGCUCAAAGAACGCAUCGAGCCAGCCAUGUUUGUCUGCCGUGCCGGGACGGCAUCUUCGGAGGAUCAUUUCGAUUGAGGAGGACCACCUCCCGCAUUUGGUGAACUACCGUUCAUCUCCCAACUCUCUCCAGGAGUCCGACGGCGUGGACGACCUGUGCAGCGAAGAAAUGGAGGACUUUGUUUACCCCAACACCUCUGCAGAGGAAAAUGGGGAGACGGAGAGGCAAAUGCCAACGUCUCCGAGGGUUCAGCCCGUUGGCAAGGAAACCAGCAUCAACGAGGAAAGUGCCCCUUCAGCACCCGACCGCCUCUUCAAAGUGGUCCUGGUGGGGAACUCGAGUGUCGGAAAGACCUGUUUCCUCCGGAGGUUCUGUGACGACUGCUUCCACCCCGGCACUUGUGCCACUGUGGGAGUUGACUACAGCGUGAAGACGUUAACCGUGGACAACAGCCAGGUGGCGCUGCAGUUGUGGGAUACAGCGGGACAGGAGAGGUAUCGCAGCAUCACCAAGCAGUUCUUCCGGAAAGCGGACGGCGUGGUUGUGAUGUACGACAUCACGGCAGAGCAGAGCUUCACGGCCGUCAGGCAGUGGCUGAGCAGCGUCAAAGAGAGCGCCAAUGAAGAGAUUCCCAUCAUGCUCUUGGGAAACAAAACAGACAAAGAGAUGGAGAGAAAAGUUGAGAAGAAAAUGGGUGAAAGACUGGCCAAGGACUGUCAGCUGAGCGUCUUUGAAUGCAGCGCCUACUCCGGAGAAAACGUCCUGGAAUCCAUGGUUCAUUUGGCCAGAAUUCUGAAGAAGCAGGAAGACCAGGAGAAGGAGAAGACGGUGCUGCUGGUGGGGGGUCCGUCAGCCAGGAAGAGGUCCUGUUGUUGAACUGGUGAUCCGUCCGCCUGUGAGGACACAUUCUGACCAAAGCGGCACUCGCACACGGGCUUUUUGCACUACUGUAACUACACCAGUAUCUAAAGUGUACUUUCAACUGGAUUACUUUGGAUUUUUUAGACCUUUUUAGUGCAUUUCAAGACCCAAACUGACAGAUCAUAAAUAUUUAUUUGGCCUCCAAAGUCCAUCAACCUGCAACGUUAGACAUUUAAAUCCAGAGAUGUGAGUCCACACUGACGUGUGUUUGUAAUUUUUGUGUUUGUUCAGAUGAACACUACAACUUCAAACCCUGGAAAUUCAACAUAUUUGUACAUUUGUUCUGUAAAUUCAUGAAGGCCAGUUUUAACAGAUGUUUAUUUAAUCAUCUAAUCACCUGAAAAAGUCUUUUUUUUAUGGGUUUGAAACAAUAACAUUGUGCACUUUGCAGAACUACUUUUCUUUAAAAAAAAAACACCAGUGUAAUAAAUAUGUGUUACUUUAAAUGGAGGAUUUUGUGAGAUAAAUCCACAGAGUAAUUAUUUUAACAGGAUUUCAAAUGAAAUGCUGACGUGUUCUGAUUUUCAUGUUGCUUCACUACUAAAACAGCUUGUGACUUUAAUGUAUUUGUUAAACUAUGAAUUUAAAAAUAAAUAUUUGUACUUAAAACACCAG